GAUGAAAAAUAAGGCAGGCUUGGUAGACUUGGGGGUAUUUUUUCCCCCAUAAUGCACCAUCAAUAGUCUGCAAAUAAGGAGUGACUGUUAUAACCGUUAGAGCUGCUGUAUAGUUUUAUUUCUAUUGUUAUUAUUAUGUCGGUUCAUUUAUUAAACAGCUAAAAGUAGAGAUAUAGAGGAGAAAAGACGAGGGGACGAGCUGAGACGCGACUUGCUGUUGUUCCUUAUUAUUAUCCCCGGCGAUGCCUCUUUUCACGUCCAAUCCCUUCGAUCAAGAUGUUGAGAAAGCAACCAGUGAGAUGAAUACAGCGGAGGACUGGGGCCUCAUACUGGACAUAUGUGAUAAGAUAGGACAGUCACGCACUGGACCUAAAGAAUGCCUUCGUUCUAUUAUGAGGCGAGUCAACCACAAGGAUCCCCAUGUAGCCAUGCAGGCUCUGACAUUAUUAGGGGCUUGUGUUUCAAACUGCGGGAAAAUCUUCCAUUUGGAGGUGUGCUCGCGAGAGUUUGCCAGUGAAGUUAGUAACGUCUUAAACAAGGGUCACCCAAAAGUAUGUGAGAAGCUCAAGGCCCUCAUGGUGGAAUGGGCCGAAGACUUCCGAAAUGACCCCCAGCUCAGUCUCAUAUCAGCUAUGAUUAAGAACCUGAGAGAGCAGGGUGUUACCUUCCCUGCUGUCGGAUCCCAGGCAGCAGAGCAAGCUAAAGCCAGCCCUGCUUUAGUGGCCAAAGACCCAGCAACAUCCACAACCAAGAAAGAAGAGGAGGACUUGGCCAAAGCCAUUGAGUUGUCCUUGAAGGAGCAGCGGCUGCCGAACCAGGCCUCGUUCUCUGGGCUUUACCCGAGCGCGAGCAGCCUUCUCACCUCCCACAAAGCAGAGGGAAGGAAAGUCCGGGCUAUUUACGAUUUUGAGGCAGCAGAGGACAACGAGCUGACCUUCAAAUCUGGAGAGAUCAUCACCAUCUUAGACGACAGUGACCCCAACUGGUGGAAAGGUGAGACUUAUCAGGGCGUGGGCCUUUUUCCAUCCAACUUUGUCACAGCAGACUUGACAGCAGAGCCAGAGAUGAAACUCUGUUACUCUGUUCGACCAGUGAAAACGGAGAAAAAGACGGUACAGUUCAGCGAGGACGUCCAGGUCGAGACUAUAGAACCAGAGCCUGAGCCUGCCUACAUAGAUGAGGAGAAAAUGGACCAGUUGCUCCAGAUGAUCCGGAGCGCAGACCCAGCAGAUAACGAGUCGGAUGCCUGCGAGCUGCUCCAGCUAGAGGCUAGCUGCAACCAAAUGGGUCCACUCAUUGAUCAGAAACUGGAAGAAAUUGACAGGAAGCACUCGGAGCUAUCGGAGCUUAACGUGAAGGUGAUGGAGGCACUCUCGUUGUAUGCCAAGCUGAUGAACGAGGACCCGGUGUAUGCCAUGUAUGCCAAACUGCAGAGCCAGCAGUACUACAUGCAGCAGCCUGGGACCUCACAGCAAGUGUACCAAGGACAGACAGCUGCAGGACAGUAUGGGGUGGCUGCUACAGGGGUGCAGGGUUACAGUGUUCCUGUGGAGCAGAUUUCUGCCAUGAACCAGGUGCCUGGUCCUUUACCAGGGCAACCAGCACCCGGUGAUGUGCACAUGUACAUGGGCCAGGCGCCUGUGUACAGUGCCCCUGCAGGCAGCAUGGUUCCGGCUGAAGUGCAGCAGGCGUACCAGAGCUCCGGCGGUGGACAGGCGGGCCUGACCCAAAACCCCAGCUACAGCUGUGCCAAUCCCACAGACCCACAACAGAGCCCUUACCCGGAGAAAGCCCUCUUAUAGGACCCACGUACAUGCCACUCCCCUCUCCAGUACACAUACCAUACCUUACUCCUAAACAAGAGGCUGUGCAGGCUAACACUAAAACAUGGCUACAGGGCACUGAAACAGACUGAUCCAUGCUCCCAGUUCAGUUAAUGUUUCUGAUCAACGUGUACGUUCAUACACACUACGCUCAAUCUGUAAUGCACCCAGACAGUAGAAACCACAAACGCGUAGUCAAGUAAAAGACGCAGGAUAUCGAUUCACUACUGACUGGUUACAUUAUGCAAUUUGAAAAAAGGCAGACAGUCUCUUUCUCUUUAUUUAUCUCUCUAGCGCUCAUGCUCUUUCUUUUACUCUCUCUCUCACUCUCAUACACACCACAUCUCUCUCUCUCACUGUUUUAAAAUAUAUCUCCCUAUCACUAUCUCCAUUUCCUAACUGUAUCUCUCUUUCUGUUCACACUAUAUUAUAUCUUCCAUCUUCCAUCCUUCCAUCUUCUUUUUUUGUCUGUCUGACUCACUAGCUCUAUCUCGUGUGUCUGUCUUUCUCGCUUUGUUAUUCUGUAUGUCUAAAGUUCUGUCUCUCCCCCUUAAGUUAUUUGAGUUGGUGCUGCCCUAAUACCUACUAAAGACUACACACUUACUAGGAAAAGCUGAAACACAAAACGGAGCAUGCACAUGUACAUAAUUUUCCCUUCUGUUAUGGAACUGUUAUGAAACAGUUUAGGUGUUUGUUGCUACAGGGUUUCAUAGGAGAUGGUUUUUUUUCUUUUCUUGGGUGUGUGUGAGCGUGAGUGAAUGUGGGGAGCUCAAUAGGCAUACGAGUGUAUGGCCUUCAUGUGUCGUUAGUUUUCAAAAAGCAUUGCAGCCAUUCCACCUCUCCUGCGGGGCCGUGUAGCACAGCACCAGCAUGUUUCCUAACAGUGGCAAAUCUUUGCAGUUCUCAGCAGGAUGGAGCAGCCCAUCAGCCUUCGGUCUUGAAGCAUUUCUUUAACACAGUGUUAAAUUGAUUCUUACUUGUAGUAUGUCUUUAUUUAUUUUGACUGUCAUUUUUAAAUGCACUGUACUUUGAUAUAAGAGAAGAAGGAUGAUCUGCUUCAUAAUGUAGAUGUGUGUGUGUAUAUAUAUAUAUAUAUAUAUAUAUAUAUAUAUGAAAACCUGUGUCGCAGCAGCUGCUCCUUCUGUCGAAAGAGCACAGUGAAAGGCAUGUAGUAAUAUUACUCGAAGAUGUUAUGCACUUUUGAUUUGGACUCUCAGUCUCAAGUUGUAAAACGUUUUAACCACAGAAGGACUAAAGCGGCUAACUGAAAAACGUUUAGGCACUGAGAAUUUUUUCAACAACCUAUAAAUGGCCUUGUGCAUUUUGCUAGGUCUAAUUCCCCCUGCAUCAAGAACCAGUUGUGUAGGAUGUAUGUGGGAAUGAGUGUAGUCCACCCUAAUGUCACUACAUUUUUAAUCAUUGUGGGAGUCAGCAGAGGCCGGAAGUCGGUCCGUUAUGAUGUGUUAUCGGGAUCAGCGGUUGUGUUCUUUUUUUCUGGUGUCAUCUGUGUAGGUGGAAUAUCUAUAUAUUAAGAGUUGCUAAAAGAUCUUGACCAGGGACAAUGAGCCAGUUCCAACAUGGUCUGCCGCUUUUUAUACACAGCUGUGAUCCCGAAAAACUUUAUUCACAGGGAGAAUGACCGUUUCCAUGUUUUAAAGGUUCUUGAUGUAUCGGUUCUCUUAAAUGUAACUAGUUGUUUAUGUACUAUUUUAAUCAUCUGAAUGGUUAGUAUUCACAAUAAAAUUAGCCCAAAUAUA